AAGCCCAAUGAGAUCGAACCCAAUCGGAUCCGAUCAAGUGAAGCGGAAGCAAGAGGGUGGAAUUAUAGAUCUCGAUUGCACCGGCGCUCCUCCCCGUCCGGUCGGCCGUUCGCCGCCUCGCCAGGGCCGAUGCAGAGCGCAACGCGGCUGACGCUGCUGCUGUGCGCGGCGUGGGCGGCCGCGCUGCUCUACGGCGAGAUGGGCGCCUACUGGGCCGCCCACCUCUCCUGUUCGUGGCCAUCCGCCCAUUUGCCGGAUAACCAUGUGAAGGUUGCCAUCGUUGCUGAUCCACAGCUUAUGGACAGCACCUCCCUCGGUCUACCACAAAGCUCACUUGUGCUGCAAGCGGUGGAGUUCUUCACAGAUUUGAACAUGAGAAGGUCCUUCCAGUCUGUGAUAUUGCCAUACAAGCCUGAUGUGGUCUUAUUUCUCGGUGACCACUUCGAUGGGGGCCCAUAUUUGCCCAACAAAGAGUGGCAGGAAUCUCUGUUUCGCUUUAAGCAUAUAUUUAGUAUGAAUGAACAAAGAAUGAAUCCACAUGUCCCAGUCUACUACCUUUCAGGGAAUCAUGAUAUUGGUUACUCAGCAUUUCACUCAAUUCAUCCUGAGGUGAUCAGGCGAUAUGAAAAAGAAUUUGGACCAAGAAAUUUCCAUUUUUUGGCUGGGAAGGUAGAUUUUGUUGUUGUUGAUGCUCAAACUCUUGAUGCAGGAGUCAAAGAAAGCAAAGAAAGAUCGUCCUCUUGGGAGUUUAUUAAAACAUUAUCAUCUGGUAAAGAAUCAAACCCAAAGGUUCUGCUAACACAUAUUCCCCUCUACCGUCCUGAUAACACUGCAUGUGGCCCACACCGUUCUUCACCUAUUAUAAAUCAGAGGGUAUCUAAUGCAGCUAUGGGUCAAGGAAUCACCUACCAGAAUUAUCUAAGCAAAGAGACUUCUGACCUUUUGCUAAGCUUGUUGAAGCCGGUUCUUGUGCUCUCAGGCCAUGACCAUGACCAGUGUACAGUUGUUCACUCCACUCCUUUUGGGCCAGUAACAGAGCAUACCCUUGGGACAAUAAGUUGGCAGCAAGGAAAUCUCUAUCCAUCUUUUAUGCUGUUAUCUGCUGGGGCAAAAUCAACAAAUUCAACCGAUUCAAGUCAUGAGGUUUUGACGAAUCUUUGUUUCCUGCCUAAACAAACUCAUAUUUAUAUCUGGUACAUCUGCCAGUUUGUGUUUACCAUCCUUCUGCUGAUCUUUUGGCCAGCAAAUGGCCUCAGCUCUCUUCCUUUUGCAAACACAUUUGUAAGCUUCAUGAGGUCGGUGGGCGCUGAACUGUUUUCAUCAAGAACCAAAGAAAAAGAUGACGAGGAAGAUGCCGAGUACGAAAUGGUUUGGGAUGCAGAGGGUUCCAUGCAUCUGGUUAAGAAGGCAGUGGCAAGGGCCCCCGCCUCUAACUCAGACUCCAGAACUACAGCACGAGGAAGUGUUGUCGCAAGGCCAACCGCGAGAAAGCACCAACAGGAGCCUGAUUCAUCUGUUCAUGUUGAGAUGGGCCCUGAAGUAGUAUCAGAUGAUGGAGGGAGGUUGCCUCGCCCAAGCAAACUGAAAGUAAGGAAGGUGCUUCAAAGGCUGUUCCGUGUCAUUCAGUCGGUCGUCAUCAUUGCCGCGCUGAAUGUCUCGCUAUACAUGAUGCUUCUGUUCAAGGAUUGGAUUGACCGUUGAAUAGUUUUUGAAACUCUAGCUCUCUAUCUCAGUAAUUCUGUAGAGUAAUGGAUCCCAUUGGAUCAGCUCCCGCGAACUCUAAAUGAGGCAGCUAACAGAAGUGUUGCUUUGGUUAAUGCAUCAAAUAACUUAUCCUUCUGAGUAUGUCGUUCAACAAGGAACCUUUCUUCGUUUCUGUCUGCUAGAGCAAUUAUUUGUGUGAUGCCA